CAGCUGUGUUAGAGUUUCUCCACCAUUUUUCCUGAACUUCCUGACAGGAUGUUUUUCUCUGGUGGGCAGUGCAGCCAUCUUGGCAGAUCUGAACGACUUUUACUGACAUUCAAGAUAUUCCUUGUCCUCAUUUGUCUUCAUGUCGUCCUGGUUACAUCCCUGGAAGAAAAUGCUGAUAACUCCAGUUUGUCAUCAGCAUCUGCUGAAUCAUCUCUUAUCAGUUUUGUCCCUUCCUUGAAUGAGGUUGAAACUACAAGCCUCAACGAUACCACUUCAAGCGUAUUGUCUACUUUAAACAAAACAGAAAAAGCUAAAAUCACUAUAGUAAAAACCUUCAAUGCAUCAGGAGUCAAAUCCCAGAGAAAUAUCUGCAACUUGUCAUCUGUUUGCAAUGACUCAGUAUUCUACAGAGGUGAGAUUACAUUUCAAGACAAAGAACCCAACAUUACCCAGAACCAAAAUAUAGCCAAUAUCACCCUCACUGGAGUCCUGUCACUAAAUGAAUUGAAGCGGUCAGAGCUCAACAAAACCCUACAAACUCUAAGUGAGGCUUAUUUUAUAGUGUGUGCUACAGAGGAGGACCAAAGCACAUUAAAUUGUACAUUCACAAUAAAACUAAAUAAGACAACGAAUGUGUGUGCUAUAAUGGUUGCUUUUGGAAGAAUACCGAUUCAACCGAUGGAACAGUGUUGCUGUUCUGUCAGGACACCCUGCCCUUCCUCACCAGAAGAGUUAGAAAAGCUUCAGUGUGAUCUGCAAGAUUCCAUUGACUGUCAUGCUGAUCAUCCACAUGGCCUACCAUUUUCUUCUUCUAGCAAGCCUAUCCCAGUUGUGCCUCAGUCCACCAUCUUUUCCCAGAUCUCCAGAGCCUUCUCUUUGACUAAACCCCUUGAUCAGACCCCCGUGAGCCAGAACACUCCCUCUGUUACACUGAGGGGCCACUUUCCUUCUCCCCAGCCUUCAGCUCCCAUACUUUCCAGCCCUGCCAUUGAUAUACCUGCCCAAUCUAGAACUGUCUCUUCCCUGCUUCCCCAAACUGAUCUUUCUCACACCUCACCACCUGUGAAGCCCUCACUUCCUUCUCUCACCGUGUCUGCCCCUAUGAAUGAUGUCAUCAUCAGCACAACCUCUGGAGAGACAGAAGUUGUCGACGCCAACACUGUUUCUGAUCUUGAGAGCCAAGUGUCCCAGAUGGAGCAGGCUCUGUCCUUAGGCAGCUUGGAGCCUAACCUCGCAGGUGAAAUGAUAAACCAAGUCAGCAAACUCCUUCAUAACCCGCCUGCCUUGCUGGCCCCUCUGGCUCAAAGGUUGCUAAAAGUAGUUGAUGACAUUGGCUUACAGCUGAAUUUUUCAAGCAAGACCAUAAGUUUAACCUCCCCUUCUUUGGCUCUGGCUGUGAUCAGAGUGAAUGCCAGUGAUUUCAAUACAACUACUUUUGCGGCCCAAGACCCUGCAAAUCUUCAGGUUUCUUUGGAAACUCAGGCUCCUGAAAAUAGUAUUGGUGUUAUCACUCUGCCUUCAUCGCUGAUGAGUAAUUUGCCAGCUAAUGAUGUGGAGCUGGCUUCCAGGGUUCAGUUCAAUUUUUUUGAAACGCCAGCUCUAUUUCAGGAUCCUUCCCUGGAGAACAUCUCUCUGGUCAGCUAUGUCAUAUCAUCAAGUGUUGCAAACCUGACUGUCAAGAACUUGACAAGAAACGUGACCGUCACAUUGAGGCACAUCGAACUGAGCCAGGAUGAUUUAACAGUGAGAUGUGUAUUUUGGGACUUGGGCAGAAAUGGUGGCAAAGGAGGCUGGUCAUCCGAUGGCUGCUCUGUCAAAGUCAGGAGGCUGAAUGAAACCAUCUGUACUUGCAGCCACCUUACAAGCUUUGGCGUCCUCUUGGACUUAUCUCGGGCAUCCUUACCGCCUGGUCAAAUGAUGGCUCUGACAUUUAUCACAUAUAUUGGAUGUGGGCUUUCAUCAAUUUUUCUAUCAGUUACUCUUGUCACCUACAUAGCCUUUGAAAAGAUCCGGAGGGAUUACCCUUCCAAAAUCCUCAUCCAGCUGUGUGCUGCCCUCCUCCUGCUGAACCUGGUCUUCCUCCUGGACUCAUGGAUUGCCCUGUAUAACACACGAGGCCUCUGCAUCUCAGUGGCUGCAUUUCUUCACUAUUUUCUCUUGGUCUCAUUUACAUGGAUGGGCCUGGAAGCAUUCCAUAUGUACCUGGCCCUUGUCAAAGUGUUUAAUACUUACAUCCGAAAAUACAUCCUUAAAUUCUGCAUUAUCGGCUGGGGAGUACCAGCUGUGGUUGUGACAACUGUCUUGAUUAUAUCCCUAAACAACUAUGGGCUUGGAUCCUAUGGGAAAUUCCCCAAUGGCUCACCAGAUGACUUCUGCUGGAUCAAUAGCAAUGCAGUAUUCUAUAUUACAGUUGUGGGAUAUUUCUGUGUGAUAUUUUUGCUGAAUAUCAGCAUGUUCAUUGUUGUCCUGGUUCAGCUCUGUCGAAUUAAAAAGAAGAAGCAAUUGGGAGCCCAGCGAAAAACUAGUAUUCAAGACCUCAGGAGCAUUGCUGGCCUUACAUUUUUACUGGGAAUUACUUGGGGCUUUGCCUUCUUUGCCUGGGGACCAGUUAAUGUCACUUUUAUGUAUCUCUUUGCCAUCUUUAACACCUUACAAGGAUUUUUCAUAUUCAUCUUCUACUGUGUAGCAAAAGAGAAUGUCAGAAAGCAAUGGAGGCGGUACCUUUGUUGUGGAAAGUUACGGUUGGCUGAAAAUUCUGACUGGAGUAAAACUGCUACUAAUGGUUUAAAGAAGCAGACUGUAAACCAAGGAGUAUCCAGCUCUUCAAAUUCCUUACAGUCAAGUAGUAACUCCACUAACUCCACCACACUGCUAGUGAAUCAUGAUUGUUCAGUACACGCAAGCGGGAAUGGAAAUGCUUCUACAGAGAAGAAUGGAGUUUCUUUCAGUGUUCAGAAUGGAGAUGUGUGCCUUCAUGAUCUCACUGGGAAACAGCACAUGUUUAGCGAGAGAGAAGAGCCUUGUAAUGGUAAAAGCCGUGUGGCUCUCAGAAGGACUUCGAAGCGGGGAAGCUUACACUUUAUUGAGCAAAUGUGAUUCCUUUUUUCUAAAGUCAAAGCAUGAUGCUUAGUGGUGUGAAAUACCCGAUUUUACCUUUUAUGCAAUGUGAGAUGGAUGAAAAUCAACUUAUACUCAGCAACCUCUGGAGGAACAUAAGCUAAUUGAGGGCAAAGGUUUCUAUUAGAAGAGGAAACUAAGACAUUAUCUUGGUCUUAAGACAUUUGUGAUUUGGUUUGGUAUCCUUUAUUUUAAAAGAAGAUUAGUCUUAACACAUAAGAAUAGACUCAUGUAAAAAGAUAAUUAAUUUCAGCCACAUUUUAAAGAGGCUGAGUUAUAUUUGAUAACAUCCUAGAAAGCAACUGUUGACUUCAGCCUGUUGGUGAGUUUAGUUGUGCAUGCCUUUGUUGUAUAUAAGCUAAAUUCUAGUGACCCACGUGUCAAAAAUCUUACUUGUACCUUUUUAAUAUUUAUUUUCUACUGUGUAAAUGUAUUCUUUUGUAGAAUUGUGAUUGUGCUCUUUUGUCUAAUGUGAUAACUCAGAAAAUCCUGAUUCAGUGAAUUCUAAAGCUCCUUUUGUGGGCUGUGAUUAUGUGGGCUGUGAAAUACAGAAACUUCACUGAAAUAAAGAAAUAAUAUACUGGAAAAAUUAAGCAGACAGUGCCGCAGCUAGUUCUUACAGUGCCUUUGAGUGAGUUAGAAAAAGGUAUCCCUACUGGGUAGCCACAGCCCCAUGGGUUAUGGUUUGCCAAAGAGUGGAGUUGUAUUUUAGCCCCUCUUGAGUGCACCCUUAUACAAGGUAUGAUCUGUGCAACUACACAUAACAUCCAAUACCAGUGCUCAUCCCCAGACUUCAGCCCUAAUGAUCAGAUUAUAGAAUUGUACCAAGAUGUUCAGCUUAAUACCUUGGUCACAGGGAGGGAUGAAACUCUAAUCCAGACCAUAUGUCAGGAAGAUUGUGAAUGUGGAGGAGAUACAUAUACUGCCAAUUCUCAAAUACCCAGAGCCUUUCGGAAGCAAGGAAUAGAGUAGGAUUGCUUUUUUAAAAUAAAUAUAUAUGAAACAAAUCGUAUUGCUAUUCUUUAAAAGGCAACCGCUUGAUACAACCGGUACACUCUGGCUCUACCAGAUUUCUAAUUAUUUUUUAAAACAUGUCAAGUCUUGAAGAGUGUAUAGUGACAAGGGGGAGCAGCUACCAGGAACAGUAAACUAUGCUGUAAGAUGCUGUUGUUUCUGCAUAUAUCAAACCCUAAUUGCUCCUACCAGUAGUUAGAUAGGGUCAUCCUGCUUCCCACUUACACCUGCUGGAGCAGGGCCUCAAGUAUGCCCUUGUUAGGAACAUUUCAAAACCCUUUAGUUAGGUCUUUCACUAAGGCUCCCUUGCAUAUAUUUCAAGAGAAUGUUGUAUCUGACUAACUGUAGUAAUAAUAU